GCAAUAUUUGUAAUGUUCACAAAAUAUGUAUUGAACAACUGUUAGUUGUUUAAAUCAUUACUGCCAUAGGAGGAGUUGUGUUGCCUUAGUCGCAGGAUGCCUCGACGCAGUUCUUCUUUGUAUAUUCGCCAUCUCCCUGAUACAUGCAGACAUGACGACUUAAGACGCUGCUUUGGCCGUUAUGGCAGGAUUGUUGACGUAACAAUACCCCUCGAUUUCUUCACUGGAAGAAUGAAGGGUUACGCAUUUAUUGAAUAUCCUUUUGCAGUAUAAUAUUUCAUUUUGCAUUUCCCUCGCGUCAAUUCACUUAAUCUCAAUGUUUGCCGUAUUCGUCUCACAGGCACGACUAAACUCAAGCCAAAAUAACCAAUAGAUCCCAAUUGAUCGGCUCAGUUGCCAGUCAGUUUCAAACAAUCAACCAAUAAUCAUAGACUCUGUUCGUCACUAAAUAAACAAUCAGUCUAGUUGAACAAGGGAUAUGGCAGCUCGCAUACUUACAAAGUACUCAGUGGUCAAAACACAUGUAUACAAUCUCAAUCCAAUUAAAAUUCCAAGUUGGUUAAAUUACAAAGUUUCACACAAACUCAAUUUGUCGGGAUCAGUUGGUCACCGAUUGCAGCUGCCAAGCUAGUCCAAUUGUAUUAGUUUGCUAACAAAUCUAAGUUGACAAAAUCAGGGCAGUCCCCCAAUCAAUCCAGGUACAAUGACAUAGGAUCCUGUCUCAAGUCACUUUUUGGUGAGUAUUUUGGUUGAUAAAUGCUUUUUUGUGUCCUUAACUAACCCCUAACGUUCGAGAAUCCUAGAGACGCUGAAGAUGCCCAUUACUACAUGGACCACACACGGUUCAUGGGUCGCGAUAUCGAAGUCGAGUUUACCCGAGGUUAUCGUAAAAGUAAGGAUACUUUAGUUUCUGAGUUCCUUGUCUUAUGUAUUUAUGUAAUUGAUUUUCGACUUGUAAAGCCAAAUAACUAUUAAGGAUAUUUGAAACAUCUUACAUAGACUGCCAAGGGAGUGCGACUAGUACAACUAACUAUGCAAAGCUAGGGAGUUACUUAUAGCCUGUUGUGUAUUGGUGUCUUAACUAACGUGCUUUCUCUCGACUUUCACUUAACAGCUCCUGCGGAGAUGCGUCUAAAAGAAAGGAGAGACGAGCCUCAUCGAGGUGGGAGGAAAUAUCGCUCUAGAUCCCGUUCCAGAUCUUACUCCAAUUCUAGACAAAAAGGGGUCGAACCAUACUAUCGCGGUCGCCCUAACGACCGACGAGAUGAUUCACGAAGGCGAAUGAAUAACGUGCGCCCCAAUCGGUCAGCAUCAAGAUCGAGGUCUCCCACCAGGUCGCGGUCGGCAAGUCAUGACGGCAUGGAUAAUGGUGAUGAAGUACGCAAAGGCAGUCGGCGCAAUGAUCGGAGAGACAACCGUGCUGUCUCCAGAAGUCCUGCACAUAGGCGUGGUUCUUUAUCACGAUCUCGUUCCGGUUCAUAUUGAUGUAUAUUCAUCGGAUUCAACCAGUUCAUUCAUUUUGCAUUUUUAAUAAAUGUUUAUGUACACAUCCAAUAUGCGUAAUGUGCAAUUACCUGGUUCUGUUUUUCAUAUUUCUAAUCCUAGCUUCCUGAAGUCACUAAAUUAACGUCAUACCCAAUCUAGGACGCUCCUGGUUAUCUGAACAUCAAGUCACCUCGUUCUCAUUUUUGUAGUACCUCUCACUAAAAACCUAGUUUACCCCUGGAGACGUUCGACGAGUGGGUUCUUGUAUUGUGUCUGGGUUAGUUUUUCUUUACCAUACGUUAAUGAAAGCUUCCUGUGGUGAUCUUGGGGAAUGAUAAACCCGAACGGGCAAAAUGGUGGGGUGUGUUGACACUCGGAUCAUUAUUUGGGAUGGGGUACACCUAGCGAGAUCACCUUUUGUCCCAAUAAAGCUAAUGGUUCGAGUAUCCAAGUCGAUCGUCAUGGGGUGCAGUUAAAGUGUGUCGCAAGCUCGGGUUUGUCCGGCGAGCCGGUUGUCAGUGUCCCUAGCGAGGUGGCGCCCGAUUUUCGAGCUUGGCAUGUAUGGUCCGAAGCGUAUGGCAGACUGGAGGCCUUUGGCGACUGGUUCCUCAGUCGGCAGUUAUUCUCAAGUUGUGGAUGCAAACCCAGGUCUUUGUGUAUCCAGUGUUCCGGUGCGCUGGACUAGUCGGCAUCGCUUACCUUGACUCUCCAAACUCACGUCGUCUGAGAAUAAAAGAAGCGGCGUUCUUGUUUGUCCUCACUUUGCGGACUGAAGUUUGGAGAUCUGUUUGGGUUCUUAUUGUCUUAUGACGUGGCUGUGCGACAUAAAGAUGUAGGUUUGGAUGUACUUAAAGUUAGUCUCAGCUGCGUAUCCGAAGAAAGUAGUCUAUGACCUUUUUGUUGACACCACCUCAGAAUGCAUCCGUAAGCAAUCUGCCGUAGGUGGUGUAUGGCAGGUCAGAGUGCGUGUUAAACCAACGAAAGAAGCCAUGUGAUAUUCACUCCAAGCUUCGACUGAGAAGUUAUGCAGUAGGCGCCCGGUUUCCACUUCAAAGGUUAAGUAUUUGUGUCCGAGUUUGGUGAUUGGUCUGAUAUUUCGCUGGGUGUGACUUCCGUUUAUACGGUAACAUACUUCCGGAUUACUUACGAUGGUGCCUAAAUGUGAUUUCAUAGUCACUGGAUGAAAGUGGUAAACAUGCACUCCAAGAAGGAAGGAUGUGCACUGCCACACAGUGGGGUAAUGGUCAGUGUUUCCAACACUGGGCCCUAGGUUCAAGUCUUGUACCUCGUCCUGAGUAGGCGGAUAGUGCCACCAAUCUUCAAAGAUGAAGUGUUGUUGCCGCGUAAAUCCCCGAGUCUGCACUCGAAUGGUCAGUUGCAUUACCAAGUCUCACUACUUGUCAGUACUACCACGCAGGACAGCAAAUAAGUAAUUGAUAAUAAUAAGGGUUGGUAUCGUUUAAAUAUCGCGAUUCUUAAACGCACCACGAACAACGGGAUGUUGUCGCAUAACACCUUGCGGUGUCUCUUGGCUCUUCCUUUGCCCAAACCCUUACCACCUUUGCCACGACCAGACAUGAUUCACAAGGAUAGAUACACUGGCUUGCAGACCGACACUGAGACAUAUGUAUGUGUGCAAAUAAAAAAUAAACGAACAAUGGGACUUUGGUAAUCAGAUUACAAUCCGUCCAUUUAUGUAUUACGGAUCGAAGUGAUAUCCAAGAAGUUAUGUUACUAAAACUGAUUCUAAACUAGCAUGUCGGGGAAAAUUCACUACAGUGCAUUGAAUGUUUGACUAAAGCAUAGAGCUAAGCGAAUCUCAAAGUAAGCACGCUGAUAUAACACGAAGGAUAGGAGGAAAGCGGGCUACCUGGUGAACGCCCAUAUGACCAUAAGCGUUGUCUUACUAGUAAGCAACAUAUGACUUCAUUUAUGCUCUUGAAUAUUUUUAUCAAAUCUUUUCUAAUCCCAUAAACCUAAUAAUAUUCUUAAGGAUUAAAUAAAAUCAGUGCUCAAAUACAAUGGAACUAUGUCCCAGGGAACGAUUUUUAAACUUAGUGUACGUUGAUAUGCAUUGUCUGAUGUUGAACCAACCUUAGAAUGACAAUUAAGUUAACACGAAUUUCCGAGUACAAUAAUACACAGUAGUCACAAGAAAUUCAUUAAGUACAUAAGUUUUGCUAAUUAUUACAUAAUAUUACGAAGUUGCCGCUAACGUAUUUAUUGACCCUUGCGAUCAAGUAUUAACAAUCAAAACAUUAGAACUUAAGUGAUAUGAGAAAAUUCGCAAUACGUGCCGUGAACGAUAUUGGUAUACUAUAAUCAUUAUUAUAAGAAGUGAAAAUUUAUUUGACAAUCUGUUUAUUCAAGUAAACAAUAAAAAAUAUUAGAUUAGAAAAAUUGAAAGUUACUGUUAUAGAAGAGAAACAAACAACGAUAAAAUACUCAGAGUAUAUGUAAAAAAAAACGCUUUUCUUAGAAAACUCCCAAUGGUGUUAAAGAUUGAUCCAUGAAACGACGCUUACCAAAGCACAACCACCACUGU